AUGUCAAACAGCAAGACAAAAAUCCACGCUGAGAACGAGGUAGCCAAGGCGCAUGGCAUCUUCCACCCGGCGGCAGACGCCGGUGCAUCGUCCAAGCCCCUCCUCGUCUUGAUCCAUGGCACAGGCACCAACGCGUCAUACUUUGACAACGAGCUGCACUCCAUUCCGGCCAACUUCAACAAGCUCGGCUACAACGUGCUCAACGUCAACCGGCCAGGCUACGGCACCAACCCCAUUCCCAGCACGUCCCGCCCCGUCUUUUCCACACCGCCCCUCUAUGCGCAGCUCAUCAAUGACGCAUACGACAACCACCACAAGGGCUCGGAUGGGGUGAUCCUCAUCGGCCACUCGCUCGGCGCUGCGACAUCCCUCAUCCUCGCCGCGCUCGAGGGAGAUAACAUCCCCCUUCGCGGCGUGUCGGCCCUUGGUGUCGUUCCAGCCAAGACCCGCCCAGAUUUGUCACUGUUCGAGGGCGUCUUCUCCGAUGCCAAGGUGGAGAGACUACCAUUGCCAGCCGAGCCUAGCGCACAGGACCUGAAGUUGUUCCUCGGCGUACCAGAUUUCUUCGACCUCGCCCACCUGCCACGACUCGAGGGGGUAUUCGAGGGCGCGGUCAAGCAUGAGCUUACAGAGUGGACCGACCUCGCCACCUACGAGAAGUUCGUCAAUGAGAUCCUCCCAGCGGUCAAGGUCCCCCUUCAGUUCCUCGCCGCCGAGAUCGAACUGCACUGGCAAUCACUGGAACAAGCCCAGCCCAUCUUUGACGAGGUUGCCGCUCAGUUCACUGGUGUGCCGCGCAUUGACAAGGAGCUCCUUCCCGGCGGUGCCCACAACUUCGAAUUUUCCACCAACUCGGCAUUGUUGCAGAAGAAGAGGGAGGAGUUUGUCAACAGCUUGACAAAGAAUGAAGUCUAG